UGCGGUGAAACUUGGAACCUUCCUCCAUGCAAUUCAUCUUUUGUACACCCAUCCCCUAGACUUGUAAAUGCAACAAGCAAAGAAAACGAAUCCUUCAUCUCUAUAAAAAUCUCUCUUUUUGUUUCCACAUUACUCAUAUUUGCAAUUGUUGGAGUCAUCUUCCUUUUCAAACACAAAGCAAGAAAUUUACAAACUGAGACAAGAAGAGCAAGAAAUGGAGAUCUCUUUUCAAUUUGGAAUUAUGAUGGAAAGGUCGCAUAUGAAGACAUCAUCCAAAUAACAGAAGAUUUUGACAUCAAAUACUGCAUUGGGACGGGAGGUUAUGGUAGUGUUUGCAAGGCAGAGCUGCCCGGCGGUCACGUAGUAGCCUUGAAAAAGCUGCAUAGCUUCGAAAGUGAAGACCCAAUUUACGCCAAGAGUUUUAGAAAUGAAGUGCAGAUGUUAACACAUGUUCGGCAUCGAAACAUCGUAAAACUUCAUGGGUUCUGUUUUAACAAAAGAUGCAUGUUUCUGGUUUACGAGUACAUGGAAAGAGGAAGUUUGGCAUGUCUUCUGGGGAAUGAUGCAGAGGCAGUGGAAUUGGAUUGGGUUAAGCGUGUGGAUGCUAUCAAGGGGAUCGCACAAGCUUUGGAAUACAUGCAUCAUCAUUGCAAUCCAGCAAUAGUUCAUCGAGAUGUAUCAACCAAUAAUGUCUUGUUGAAUUCAAAGCUCCAAGCAAUUGUCUCCGACUUCGGUACAGCUCGACUGCUAUAUCCUGAUUCAUCUAACAGAACUUUAUUGGUAGGAACUUAUGGAUAUGUCGCUCCAGAGUUGGCCUAUACUAUGGAAGUGACUGAAAAAUGUGAUGUUUAUAGCUUUGGAGUGGUGGCACUAGAAAUAAUAAUGGGAAAGCAUCCAAGAGAACUCAUCUCCACAUUAUCAUCCUCAACUACAAAGGAUAUAUUGCUGAAAGAUGUAUUAGAUCCACGUCUCCCACCACCUUUAGAUGAAUUGGUUGUUCGGGAUGUGACUUUUGUGACAAGCUUGGCACUUACAUGCUUACAUUCCAAUCCAAGGAACCAACCAUGCAAAAGGUUAAGCAGGAACUAA